CGCCGCGGCGACAGCCGAUGGUGGCCCCGUCUGCGCCAUCGGCCGUCUGCACCAUCAUGUGUCAAGUGACCAAUGGCCUCGGGCAUCGCUGGCCUUUGCCUCGCUUGUGCUGGUCACAUAUUCUUUUCUCGUGGGCAUGUAGAUGUGGUUCGUUCUUCGUCGCAGACGUCCACCCCCAAGGUGGUUGGCAGAGCGGCAUUGUUCCAUGGGAUGGAAUGGGCGCUUGACUGGUUCGGCAGGGUUAAGCAGCAGGGACGCGGUCCCGUGAUAUUCCUGAAGGACGAUGGCGGACAUUUUUACGUGUGUGGUGGGAUCGACAGUUAUGACGUCGACAAAUUUGUCGGCGAGGAGGGGUGCUACGAUUUUCACUUGACCACAUGCUUCGAUAGUGGCGGCGUCGAACUGCCGGGGAAAUACAAGAAAGUGUCACUGCAUUUGUCGGGAUUUGCUGGCUAUGACAUGAAUGUUGUGGCAUUGCCUUCGUUUGAUAGGUCGAAGAAACUGAAGGCUGUCCAGAUGGUGGGACCGAUCGAGUUCCUGAAGAAAACGUCGUGCUAUAAUGUUACGGGCUUUAAGGUCAAGGUGGACAGCAACGUGCGUUUGUCGACACCGUUCAUGUCUGCGGAAACUUUGAGGGAGGUGUUCGAGGGCAUUUGGAGGACACACAAGCACGGGGAGUCUAAACAAGGUACGCUGCGAUCCGCUCUCGGCGUUGGAACUGAAGGUGGAACGCAUUCGACAAGGACGAAGAACACCGCACCAACCGAAAAGGUAUUCGUCGUGACAAACGAAACGCCUUCUCCUCAGGACGGGUUUCCCAAACCGGGGAACACAAAGGAAAAAUCGUCGAAGGCCGCCAAGGCACCGUCGGUCUUUUCUCGUCGAGCGCAGCAUCGGAAAAAGGUUUCACCGCGUAACAAGGAUGAAGAGAAUGUUGAGUGGGACACCCGUGGGGUGCCGUCAUCCAGCCACUGUCCCGAUAGGGAUGACGGGGUUGACGAACGUGAGGGAAAAUCGAGUGAACAGGGCGCCGAGGAAGGAAGUAUGCGGGGCGACGCCACGGAGGGCGACGGUGAUGAGCGGGAGAGCGGCGAGGCCACUGGGGACGACAAUGCAAGAGAGGACGAGGGGGGUGGAGACGAAGGGGAGGACGGCGAGGAGGAGGAGAACCCGGAAGGGGAGAGCCGCGAGGAGGAGGAAAAUCCGGGAGAUGCAGAAGAAAGAACUCCACACGGAAGCAAGAACAAUGGCAGAGACGAGGACAGCGACGAGGAAGAAAGCGGUGGGGAAACGGACCGGGACAUCGAAGUUGCCGGCACACAAGCAUCAGCGAACUCGCGCAAACGAGAAAUGCACAGUGAGCGACGUCGAGCGGAGAUAAUUGGUUUGGGCGCGUCUCAUACCUCAUACGUGCAACAUUUAGAAAGACAAUCGGGGAAACUCGAGAAAGAGAGGCAUGAGCGGCCCGCGAAAAUUGCAAAGAAGAAAGUCAGAGUCGAAGGAACGAAAGAGGUUGCUGACUCUAGCGACGAGGGAGUUGGGGUUGACCCGAGAGACCACACCGCGAAAGCCGGGAAGCUGGAGUCGUCUGCCUUCGACACAACAAAUUGUUUCUUCCUGGAGUACGACAGUGACGGGAAUGCAGUGCAACGACCUCAAGAGAUCUACGUGGACUGCAUGAAGGUUUUGCCAAACCCCGUGGGAGGCCCUGUGCAAUACAAUGUCAGACCACUCAAUGAAAUGCUCGUCGUUUCCAUCAUGAGAGCAAUGAAACUGCCAGAGAAGAAGGGAGAGUGGGACAGGGCCACAUGGAUAUUGGCCCCUGUGACGAAAGUGGCUAUUCGUGGUCAAAAACAGUGGGUGUUCGAAGACUUGACUGCAAGAGAGAAGGAGAUGGUGUUAGAAAUGAUAUUGGACCGCCAUGUGGUUGUCACGACGGGGCGGACGUUCAACAAAAACUUGUUGAACAUGGACGACAUUAUGGUUGAGGUUCGGCGUGAGAGAUACAUGAUACGCCUUUUCAACUAUGUGGUUUUCAAAACGGAAGGUCGCAAGGAGGAUGAGUGGCAUGAUGAGUUUUUCAUUGGCUACUCGCGUAUAAUGGACAGAUUUGCCCCGACGGGACUCACCAAGGAGCAAUGGAAGGAAAACAAGACGAAGGUGCCAGCUCACAAGGCGAAAGAUGUGCCAAAACGUCUGGGCGACAUUGACGAACCAAAGGUGGGCAAGGUGGGAGGGUUCAAGUUGACGCGGACACUAUAUGCGGAGUGUCCGUAUUAUCUGAAAGUGUUCAUGCAUGAAAUCAUCGGGGCUAUCGAUCAGCUGCGGGACGAGUUGCGGCGCAUAAGUGCAAAUGCGAGGCACACUGCGUGCGAAGAUAGACUGCGUGCGAAGACAUACGCCAAUGAGUUGGAUGCGGGUGAGCACUUCGAUGUGCUCGACAGCGAGGGGGAGACAUCGGACGAAGAUAUAGAUCUGCCUGUACCGGGUGCUCAACAGGAUGUUCGACAGGCGUUGGACGACGUCAAGGGUCAUCAGGCAAUGGAAAGGAUAGAAACGGAUGUUGUGGCGAGCCGGGAGAGCGUUCGUGGUGGGGAGCAGCGGUCGUGUGAACAAGGAAUGCAAGAGAGUGCGGGGAAUGAGAUCUGGGGCCCAGUUGGUGCAACCAAUGCAAGCAAGAAUAGCAGCGAUGAUGGGUUGCAUGCAGGAGCGGCCUCGUUAAGUGGAAAAGAGCCUCAUCUCCAAUCCAAACGCAAGGAAAGCAGUGCCAUAUACCCCGAGAUAUUGACUCAACUGGACAACGUGUAUGUGAGCAUGGGGCUGUCGACGUUCCCAAGAGACAAGCAAUAUAACGUCCCCCAGGAGGAAAAUGCAGAGGUUAGCAGAAUGGGCGUCAACGCCAUCAAAUUCGCGCUCCCGCCCGACGAGGACGACAAACAGAUGCCCGGAGACAGAAUUCGAAAGGACAUGAAGGAGUUCACCGGAGGCCCGCACUUCAUACAGCACAUUGGGAUGGUGUGGCAAUUGCGAAAGUGGGUAUUGGAGAGCAAGUUCUUCGAAAUCGCAAAGGAACAGGUUCAUAUCAAAGUGCGGCAGGCGAACGGUGGAUCAGACGACCUUGUAGAAGGAGCAUAUGCCGACGCACUUUAUGACAAGUUGCGAGAUCAGAACAUGCUGGAGUACAACGCAAACUUUUAUGACAUUGAAUCCAUUGUGUCGCACGGUCGGAUCCCUUGGAAAUUGCCAAGUCGAGAAGUGGUGCAAGAGUUUGAGGGUGAAAUAUGUCUUGGUAACAGUCAGCAAUUGGGACAUGACAAUGGCCACGCUUCGGCGAGUGCAGCGGGACGUCCAUUCACGAGCUUCGUUCAUAGUGACAAGCAAGUUCAUGAGAGGAACGAUAUAGAAAAAUUUGUGGGCAACAGCGACGAGUCACGAAGUGACACAAUGCAGACCGAACAACAAUUGUCCCAUCCCCCGUCGCAACGGGAGGAAUCCGCGGAGGAAAAAGACUCGGCAGAUUGCUUUGCAACAAUGGAAUCUCCCAAGGUUUGCACGGGGUCGGAAUCGCAAAUGGCCACGGACCCAAUGUCCAUGCAAGGAACUGAGCUGACGAGGGAAGAGUCAGUGCCACAAAUGAAGGGGAUAGAAAGUUUGUCAGAGAACACACAUGAUUUGAUGCUUCAACUCAAUUUCGACGGCGGCGUACUCGAGCGGCGGCCAAGUGGUGUGCAGAGGGAAGAGAACGUUGAUGCCUCAAUGGGAAAAGACGAUGACGAACUCCAACGAGCCACGACGAUUGGCGACAAGCAUCAACAACACAAGCGCAAGAGGGAGGAUGACGACGUUGUCGUUGACAUCGUCACACAGUCAGGUGAGCAAUCAGGGCGUGCUGAGGACGGGGAGGUGGGACAAAAUGAGAAAGAACAAGAGGAACACCAGCAUGUCACAUUGCAAAAGGAGAAUGUAAUCUGCAAUGAGAAGCCAAGGAAAGGGAACACAAUAGAUAAUGUUGUGCUCCGACGUUCGGCGAGACCUGUGGCAAAAAAGACAAGGCAUGACGACUAGUUGUGUGCAUAGAAGUGAUUUGUCCGUGUGUGAGAAGAUACGUUUGUGUGUAACGAAGUGUGUGUGUGUGUGUGUGUGUGUGUGUGUCUGUGAAUUUUUCUGCAUGGGCGUGCGUUUGUAGGUUAAUGUUCAGGUUCCGGAGGGGUUGUGUUGUCGUGUCAUUUUUUUUUUUUCGCGCACUGCGAGCGCUCUAAUUUUGUAA